AUCACUCUAAUCACACCAAAAAAACCUCUUUCAGAGGUUUUGCACAGUUUUUUGCUGGUGUUUCAUUAUAUACUUCUGUGCAAGCGUGCUCGGAUGGCUUUGACUCAGGCAGUCCUGCCUUCCUUCAGUUCAUUUUCAAACUUCUGUAACUUUGAAGAGAUGAAGGUGUGGAAGUUCAGUGAUGGUUCUGUCAGUGUGGAGGCUGAGGAGAAAAAGACAGUCUUUGGGGCUCAAAACACGCACCAGCAGAAGCCCCCUGAGUCUUUGACAGAGGAGCACCUGGAGGAUGACAAUGAAGCCUGCUGGGACAUGGAGUUCCUACUGUCUAACUGGGGCAGCUCAUCCCCUGAGCUGAACCCUCCUCUGGACUACAGUUCACAACGACUCACGCUGCAAGACCAAACUGGAUUGUACGUACCCAAUGCACAGGAAGGAAGGGGCCCAAAGGAGCAGGUCGGAACAGACAGAUACCAUUUAAACAACAGCAGCCUUAUGGCUGAACUUCUCUCACCUGUUGAAUCCCUCAACUCUACUUUACCAGAGCUCUAUCACAGAAGCUACGGUGUGGAACAACAAGGGAAACCCUACCCAACACAACCCCCUGUGGACCAAUUUGGUUUCCCUGUAGGGAGCAACCUGGAGCGAAAUGGUGAAAGGGUUGCUGUGGGCCAAGGCAAGGGGAAGCCACAGGAUUUUGGACACUACUACCCUCAUUCCUCCUCUGCAAUAUCUUUUCCUGAUACCCGAUAUCUUCAAACACCAACAAUAGACACAGAUGCCUCAUUAAUCCCCCCUCAUCACUACAACUUCAUCCCAAACUACCACUACCCUGGAGUUUACCCGAAUCAAAGUACCUACACCCACUAUCAUGCACCCAAUUUUUUUCCCUCUUCAAAAUCCCUCCUCCCAAGUUCUUCAGCGCCCCCUGCAGGCCCAGAUGGGAAGCGCAACAGAAAGACUGUUGUCAAGAAACGGGCUGCAAUUCACUGUUGUGAGUACCCAGGCUGCAGCAAGACUUACACCAAGAGCUCCCACCUCAAAGCACACCUUCGCACUCAUACAGGUGAAAAGCCAUACCACUGCACCUGGGAGGGGUGUGGCUGGAAGUUUGCCCGCUCAGAUGAGCUGACCCGACACUACCGCAAACACACCGGGCAGAAACCCUACGAGUGCAUUCUGUGUCAGCGGGCCUUUUCACGCUCCGACCACCUGGCCCUGCACAUGAAGAGACACACCUGAGACACACACACGCGCGCACUUACGCUCACACACUCACACACACAUACACACACACAUGUCCUCACCCACACAUGUUGUCAAGCAACGGCGCUCAGACAAGAAUGCACAAAGACAGUAACACACCCUGCCAUAGAGGUAACAGACUGGCUAGCAAUAAAUCACACAUUAUUUUCAUUCCCUGAUAUAUGCAAGUUGCCCAACUUCUCUCUGAUGCACUCUUCUCAUUCCCAUCUCAUUCCUUCACGCUCAUCUGAUCCCACGCCCAAUGGAUUGCAGCUUCCAGACCAACUGUAAUUUUAAUGGCAGGGUGAGAAAACGGUAAAGUUUAAAUCAGUUUAAAGGGCACAUUCAUGUUUUCCUGGGAUAGAGUUGUACCACUGCCACGCUCCAACUUCAAAGUGCGCCGAAGGAAACUCAACCACACAGCUUUA